AAACACGAGAAGAGUCGCUUUCAAGAGGAACAAGCACCAACAUGCCCAGAUUACGGGACUUCAAGUAGACUGUAACAGUGUUUAAAACAGGAAACUGAUCUUUAGCCACAGAGGAGUCUGGCGGCAAUGCAGCGAACCAAGACUCUUCAGAGGAAUUAUUUCCAGCAGAAACCUCUAAACUUGAGCGAAUGGAGAUAAAUGAGGUCGUUCUGUGCUGUAUGUAGCGGGCGCACGGCGGUUACGCGCGUUUGCGUGCAAUGUUCGGUCGUUAACGCUGCGCGGAAAAAGCAGUGAACGCUUCGCCGAUUCUCGCUUUUGUUUCACUCCGACCUUUAUUCAGAAUGAACCAGUGUAAAGUCAUGAAGGACGGCUAUCUGGAGAAGAGGAGUAAUGGAGUUCUGCAGCUGUGGAAGAAGAAGCGCUGCGUCCUGACGGAGGACGGGCUCCGGCUGUACGACUGUAAAGGAGAGAGCGGUAAAGAGAUGCGCUUCGAGCAGAUGACCACGCUGGACUGCGUGGAGUAUAAACGGGGUCUGGUGUACUUCACCAUCGUGAUGAACGGCGGGAAGGAGAUUGACUUCAGGUGCCAGCAGGAGGGAACGGCGUGGAACGCGGAGAUCGCGCUCGCGCUCGUGCGCUUCAAAAACCGCGUCGCCGUUCAGACCGGCAGGAACAGACAUCUGUCACAUCUGGGCAGCUGCGGCGAGGGAGACGUCGAGCUCUGAGAGGAUUUCUCAGCCCAGAUGCAGGACCGGCUCCAAAAGAGAAGAACCCAUGGACAAGAAAGUGAAGAGUACUUUAAAACUCAUUUAUUUCUUUUCUUCUGUGCUUCCACCAUUUAUCAAAGUGACACCUCCUGGCGUGCUCACAGACGCAGUGAAUGGAUUUGUACAUGUGGGUGUCACGCCAUGGAUGUUUUGCACACUUUGGCGUGUUUUUCCAUAGCACUUUUAUUGCAGAAGUCAUCGGCAACAGAGACCCAGUGGAUUGCUCUUCACUAAAUCAAUGCUGACGCCAGAAUGGAUUUUGGCCUGGACAUUAUACUUUUAAGAGACAUAUUUACCUCGUGCUAAAUGGAGGACUCCCGUUCAGUAUUAUAAGUAAAAGCAUGACGCUGCUUUAAUAGACAUUAACCAUAGAUGAAGUAUGAUUUACAGCUGCACUGUUGAACAUUUCAUAAGUAUUUGAAAAGCAAAUCUGGAUCCAUUCACUUGUAAAGGUUUUUAAGGCCACACAGAAAGCACGGCAGGCUGCUGUUCCUUGGAAUGAAUCCCGGCUAAACGGAAAACUUGAUGGAUGUGUUUUAAUUUGUUUUUCUCUGGGCAAUGCUGUUAUUACUACAAUUUUCUCCAUAUCCUGCCUGCAUAACUAGAGCGGCUGCCAACGCUUGAAAAUAAUCAUCUGCAUUGUGAUGGGUAAAAAAGAAAUGUGUUCUGCACAAGUCUCAUUAUGCCAUUAGGUAAGCAUUGUCCAAAUAAAAAGAAUGAUAUGAUGGCUUUGAAAGACA